UUGGGAGGACACAGAAAUAGACACCCAUCGGCACUGAGCUCCUGGGCCCACCCCAUGUGGGGGCCACCUGGGUGCCCCCCACAAAGUCUGCAGCCGAGCGGCACAUGGAGCUGUUUCCACGCCUCCCUGUGGCCACAGCCGACCGUUCAGGUGCGUUUCUUUCCAGGACUUUUUCACUUUCAGGUAAACGUGGCCAUUUCCCGUGCGUGUGUCCCCAAAGCUCUCUCCCCGUCGUCACCUUGCCUGCUUUGUCACCGCAUGUCGGUGCCCCCCACAGCAGCCUCAGAAGCUCACCAAACGGCGCCUCGUGACCUUCCUCGUUGCUGUGGCCCAACGCAGAGGCUGCACCAUCGACCCUGCCGUCUGCAGCAGCCAGGGGCCCAGCUCCGCGUCCUCCCGCCGUCUCCACCUGCCGGCUUUGCUCAGGUGACACCUGCUCCGAGAGCGCCAGCCCCCGGGGCUGUCGGCACGUCGUGCUCCCUGCCAGAUCCAGACCCGCAGUGCCCGGAAGGUCCCUGGCACAGAGAGAGGCUCCAUGCGCAGAAGGCACUGCCGUCACCAGCCGCCACCAGCCCAGCCCAGGCCCCCCGACGCCCACAGUCCCGGGGCUCUCUCUGCCACCGUGAGGGCCAGGCAGGGACAGGCCCAUCACAUUGGGACCUGACCUGGCGGCUGCUCGGGGAGGCCCAGGCGGAGCCGGAGCCGGCCCCAGCCGGAGCACGACCGUGACACUGCACCUGGAAGGCCACCGCCGGGUGGGGCGGAGGGGACAGAGGGGAGCGGGCCCAGCCCCCCGAGGGCAGCGGGUUGAGGCGAGCCGUUCCACAGCUGCGUGUGGUUUAACGGCCUCUGUGCCAGGAAGCAGCUGCCCUGGUGUGCCGGCCAGGGCCGGGGCCGGGGCCGGGGCUGAGGACGGACAGCUUCUCCCAAGGCCCCAGUCCCAUGUGCCCAGCCCAGACCAGCCCCCACAAGGCCCUGCCCAGGAGCCCCUCGCUUUCCCCGAGUCCUCCCACCCACGGAGGCCCACCCGAAGCCCCUGCCCGGAGCAGCCCCUCCUAGGGCCCUACUCAGGCCCACCCCUCGGCUGGGGCCACUGACAUUUUCCCUUUUCCUUUCUUAAUCGUGGUAAAACGUACAUAACUUAAAGUUUGCCGUUUUAACCAUUUUUAUGUGUGUGAUCCAGUGGCGCUAAUUAAA